AUGAUUGCAUUUAUGCACCUUGAAGGGGCGGAAAAGGAGAUAUUGGAUUACGAUAACCCCAGCUGCAUCACUACUGCACUUCUCCUUGCGUGUAGCAGUUGUCAUGGCUCCUUCCUCUAUUACAGCUUCCUUGUCAUUGCUCUAUCCACCAGACACCUGUUUAUCAGAUACUACCAAAAGUCUGCCAAUACCUACCGAAACUCUCUGUCGCAAGAGCAACUCCAGUAAUUCAGCAAUAUGUUCCUCGUACACGAGAUGAUACAAACUCUGGCGAAGAUGCACGAGGCCACGCAAGUGUCAGCAGAAUGUGGAAAUAUCAUGGAAAAAUGAGCUCAACCCCUACAAGGACAACCCCGCCAACGUAUCAGAAAAGCUUUCAGCAACCAUCAAACAGCUCCAGUUGUAUCGAGGAUAUAUUGCGUAUCUGGAGCGAGAAAUCGUUUCUGAGGCUAAGAAAAAUAGCUUCAAAGCUGAAGAUGUCAAAUUGGAUGUUUGA